UUUCCAGUGCCGAGGAAGCAAACAAUGUAUUCUUUGGAUGGAAGUCUGUGAUGGCACCAAGCACUGCUUGCUCGGCGAAGACGAAAGGAAUUGUGAUGUGAACCGUUGUCCAAGUGAGUGUACGUGCUACUAUAAUAAUGACGCCCUCUAUGUUAGAUGUCAAUCGGGAUGGACAGCGGAUACAAUUGAUAACAUGGCAGCUAUUACGAAUGUGCUAGAACUUACUGGUGGCUCUGUCAAAAAAUUGGACCAAGGCCUUUUGAAACGAUUCCUGAAGCUUCAAUCCCUGUUCCUCACCAACAAUGGCAUACGAGACAUCCAAACGCUGUCAUUCGAUGGGUUGAGCAAACUCCUUUGGCUGAAUAUCUCGCAGGAUAAUUUCACCACUUUAGCAAAUGACGCCUUCAAAGGACUCGACAUGCUUCAAGGAAUUGUCAUAAAAGACGUUCCCUUGACAAGUAUCGCGGAAUUUGCAUUCAGAGGACUGAAGGAACUCCAAAUUUUGGUGUUGAUUCGUGGACAAGACGCAAAAGCAAGGGAUGAAGAAGAAAUGAGCGUGGCGCUCCGGAUGGCUGUCAUCGUGGGGACCGAUUUCUGUUGUUGGAUGCCUGUUAUCGUCAUGGGUCUUCUCUCUCAGACCGGUGCCGUCAUCAUUCAGCCGCAUAUGUACGCCUGGACCGUGGUGUUCAUUCUGCCCAUCAACUCAUCCCUUAAUCCAUACCUGUAUACAAUCUUCAGCAUGAUUUCAGCACGUUGCUCGGCUAGUGGUAGUCGAGAUUCCUCAAACGCUGCUCAGCAGGGUGCACCAAAGUUAAGCACAAGUAGUGAUAUCGCAGUUUGCCGUAGGGCCAAUACCUGCCCGGAGGAUGACACUCGUUUGUGA